AGAAGGACACACACACACACACACUCAACUGAGCGCGCUCUCUCUCACUGUCUCUUACUCUGACACCCAACCUUAACCGAAUAUGGUGGAAGAAGUUCCGGCGGCGGCUGCGGCGGCUAAAGCCCCAGCAAAGUCUCCCAAGAGAAAAGCCGUGAAGCGCGUCAAGAAAGACGGACCUAAUCUAAAGCAGCUGGUCAUCGCCGCAGUUGCUGACAGCAAGGAACGCAAAGGCGCGUCCGCGUCUGCUAUCAAGAAAUAUCUGACCGCUAAAGACGUCGAUGCGAACAAGCUGAACAAACGCAUCAACAAAACCAUCGUCUCACUGGUAGAAGCUGGAGUUCUGAACCAGACCUCGGGCUCCGGCGCUUCUGGCUCCUACAGACUCGUCAAGAAGGAAUCUAAGCCCGCGAAGAAGGACGACAAAAAAGUGGUGAAGAAGAAGACGACCGCGACCGCAGCUAAGGCAAAGAAACCCGCCGCCAAGAAAGCGACGACUCCUGUGAAGAGAGCGCCCGCCAAGAAGGCUGUGACACCCAAGAAGAAGGUGAAGGCAGUGGCGGCGGCGAAGAAACCGGCUGCCAAGAAAGCGCCGGCAAAGAAGACGGUGAAGAAGAGUCCGAAGAAGGUCGCUGCCAAGAAGACCGCGAAAAUCACCAAGAAGCCCGCCGCGAAGAAAACUGCGAAGAAGGCCACAGCGAAGAAGAGUAAGAAGUGAAGAGGAUGUUUGAUUCCUGACCGCAGUCCAAACCAAAGGCUCUUUUAAGAGCCACCACACGUCACUGACGAGCGUUGACCUCUAUAGUCUCGUGUGUGUGU